CAUCUUGCGCGGGGCCGGCAAUUCCUCCGAGUCCGCCUUCAGCCAAAUUUGCGGCUCACUCUUGCAGAGCUUCCCACUCUUUGGCCUCCUCAGGCUCAUGUGCUUCGGUUGCUCAAUUGCCAUUGCAAUGUGGAAUGGGACAAUAGGAUAGACUCGGUGCAACUACGUUCCGUCACUCGAUUGGCAGGCGACUCUCUCAGAUACAUGAACCAGGAAAUCUACGGAUACAGAGUGUUGCCUCGAGUCUAUGUCGUGAAAUACAUACAAUAACAUAGCAGGACCUCGGGCUGGAAGUGAUGUAAUGGGGAAUAGGGGCUAUUGGAUUUAUUUAGUCGUAACAUAUUCAGUACAACGCUACUUUGAGC